AUGCAUGGGAUAAAAAUAUUCCUUGUUUGCCUAAUUCUUUGUUUUUAUAAUGUAAUAUCAAUUUCAUUAAAUGGAAAAUGGAGAGGUUACAUUCCAUCAACAGGCACAAGAUUUAUAGCCGAAAUACCUGGUGGUAUUUAUAGUGAUUUAGAAAGAUGUGGAAUAAUUAAAAAGAAUUUAUUAGGAUUUAACGAUGUGAUAAAUCGAUGGGUUGCAAAUGAAACAAUUGUCUAUACAACUAAUAUCCAAGGUAAUUGUUUAAAUAAAAUUUUGUUUAAAUACAUUAUAAACGUUGUUGAUUUUUUUUAUUUGUUUAUUGCAGUUAAUAACACUUUUCUGAGUGCGUCUCACAUUAUUCUAAUCUUCCAUGGAUUAGAUACGUUUACUAAAAUUUAUGUAAAUGAUUUUCAAAUUGGAGAAACUUCAAAUAUGUUUUUAAAGUACAGUUUUGACAUUAAAAGUUACUUAAAGAGUGGAGAUAACGAGUUGAAAGUAAUUUUUGAAUCGUCUGUUAAAAUUGCUGAAAAACUGUACAAUCUUCAAUCUCUAAAUUACAUCGUACCACCUAAGUGCGUUCCAAGUGCGUAUAAUGGGGAGUGCCAUGUCAAUCAUAUAAGAAAAAUGCAAGCCAGUUACGGUUGGGAUUGGGGUCCAGCCUUCCCAUCAAUGGGGAUAUGGUACAAUGAAUUUGAAUGGCUUUCAAUGAAAAAAAAUUAUAAUUUUACUAUUGUGAUAUUUAGGAGGAAUGUAGAAGUCGAAGCUGUAGAUGAUGUAUUGGUAUCCGAAGUCACAGUCGAUAUAUUUAAGCAGAGUAGUUGGAAAAUUGUUGUAACGGCAUUUGUCGAUCAUUUUCAUGAUAAGAGGACAGAGGUUGACAAACCAAUUCACAUAAUAUGUAUGUUGGAAGACAAGCAUUUGAACGACAGUGUAUUUACAAAUUUAAAAGUUAUAAAUAAUCGCGCCAAUGCAAGCGUAAUGUUAAAUGUGCCUCUCGAUAAAGUAGAAACGUGGUGGCCCAAUGGCUAUGGUAAGCAGAGCUUGUAUUCACUGAACGUAAGAAUAAAAGUUGCUGCUCGUAUAAUAGAACGUAAAUUUAAAAUUGGAUUCAGAACCAUCGAACUGAUACAGGAGCCAUUGAAGAAGGGCUUGAGCUUUUAUUUUAAAGUUAAUGGGAUUCCUGUGUUUGCCAAAGGAAGUAAUUGGAUUCCCUCGAGCAUAUUUCCCGAGCAUUUAGAAAAUAAAGAAAAAUUAGAGAAUUUACUUAAAGCCGUUAAGGACACUCAUGCGAAUAUGUUAAGAGUAUGGGGCGGUGGAGUUUACGAAUCAGAUCUUUUUUAUAGCUUAGCCGACGAGUAUGGAAUUAUGAUUUGGCAAGAUUUUAUGUUUGCUUGUAAUAUGUAUCCGACGACAAAAUUCUUUCUUGAUAAUGUGAAGGAGGAGGUUAUUCAAAACACGAGAAGAUUAAAAUAUCAUCCAAGCAUUGCUUUAUGGGCGGGAAAUAAUGAAAACGAAGCUGCACUUUAUGGAAAUUGGUAUGGCACUGGGAAUAAUAAACUUUACAAGGAUGAUUAUGUUAAACUUUAUGUGGAUACCAUUAAAAAUGAGGCAAUAAUGAUAGAUUCGACAAGACCAUUUGCCGUAUCGAGUCCAAGUAAUGGAUUGUACAGCGAGGAAAAAAAUUAUACGGAAUCGAAUCCCUAUUCGAAUCUCUAUGGAGAUGUUCAUUAUUACAAUUAUGUAAAGAACAGUUGGGACAUUAAUCAGUAUCCGAUAACACGAUUUGCGUCUGAAUAUGGAUUUCAGGCCUUACCCUCGGUAUGGACUAUGAUCUCUGCUUCGAAAAACUUGACCGAUUUGCAAUUAAAUAGUUCAUUUAUGACACAUCGUCAACACCUGCCUCAAGGAAAUGUUAUUAUGAGACGUUUAAUCGAUACAAACUUUAUUAUACCAAAUAGUAAUAAUACAAUAAGGGCAUUGAUGGACUACACGUACCUAAGUCAAGUGACGCAGGCAGUUUCCAUGAGAAUACAAACAGAAUUAUACCGUCAGACGAAGAGUUCGUUUAAUGAUUUAGGCGAGGGUUUGACAAUGGGUGCACUUUAUUGGCAGCUGAAUGACGUUUGGCAAGCCCCGUCGUGGUCUUCAGUUGAUAUUGAAGGACGCUGGAAGAUGCUGCAUUACUAUGCUAAAGAGUUUUUCUCUCCACUUAUUGUUACGUCUAAGCUAACUCAAGCCAACGAACUCUUAAUCUUUAUUGUAUCAGAUUUACUAAAGCCUCUGAACGAUUUAGCCGUUGAAAUGAAUUUUUACGAAUGGAAGAGCUCGACGAUCAUUCAUACAAAUCAAAUUAAUAAUAUUACACUUGAAGCUAACGAGUCUAAAUUCGUAAUUCAGUAUUGGAUCGAUAAGCUUUUAGAAUCAGCUGGAUGCGGUACAUUAUCCACGGCAAAAGAAAAUUGCUUUUUAGAACUAAUAUUAAAGGAUGUAAAUAAUAAAAUCAUAGCUCCAAGAAAUUACGUAUAUCCACAUCCGAUGAAAAAAAUUUCUUUACCAAAUGAUUCUAUAACAAUCGAUAUUCAAUUCAAAGGCGAUUCGAAACUAGAUUUUCAGAUUGAAAUAGUUUCACAAAAUAUGGCAUUGUUCGUUUGGCUGGAAAUAGGAAACGUAGGCGGCUACUUUUCGGAAAAUGGUUUUCACGUCUUACAAGGGAAGAAAUCCAUUAAUUUUCAUGCUUUUAAAGCAACGACAAUAGCACAUAUUAAUAAAAAUCUUAUAGUUACGUCACUUUCGCGAAUUUACAAUAGCGAUCUUCGGGCUUUAGAUGCACAAAUUGUAAUCGAUCAACUGAAUAUCGAUGGUUAAAUUAAAUCGAUAGUGUCAUAACCUUUAUUGUGACGAAAAAUACAUCUCGUAAUGCAAAUAUAAUUCAAAAACAA